CCGACCUCAGACCCCAAUUCCACACCUAAGGUAUUAUGGAUACCUGCCCUGGUGCCGGGUCUGUCUGUCCGGUCCCCUCCUGCCCGCCGACCAGGUCCUCGCUUCCCCAUCUCAACUCCUCCUUCGCACACUGUAGCACAUUACCACUCAAUCUCCCGCAGCGGUAUUCUCUCCCUCCUCUCUCCAACGCCCCCAAAACGUCGCCAAACCCUCUUCACUUCAAGUCACUUUUAUCCGUCUCCGGCCUCGCUGCUUGACUCUCGUCUCCUCGUCGCUAUCACUCAGUCGCACUCAUCUACACGAACUAUCAUUGCGCAAACCUAUUCGCGACAGCGAAUAACAUCUCGUCGUCCGCGACUGUACCCCCGCCGCCUCCAGUUUGUGUGCCGUCAGCUCGCGCGUCAGCAC